GUUUCGAUGCGUGUUCCGACUCAGUGGUAAGCUUUAAAAUGUAUCUAAGGCCAUUCCAUAUCCCCCUCAGUUGUCAGUUAGAAUCGAGAAAAAACUUAAAACAAAACCUUAAGGAACCCGAAAAACCAAUGUCCGAGACAACAGAUCCCAAUGGCUCCACCUCCAAGUCGAAUCUGAUUAAAAUGAAUCAUGUGGGCGUGACGGCGAAGAUGCAGUCCCCGCUGAAGAAGAUACUGCCCCGGAUGAACUCAUCCAGUGACUCGGAUGUGUAUCAACAUGCAGGCACACAAUAUAGCAUUUUCAAGACCGACAAUGGCGAAGAUAUGUCCGAAAUUACAGUGGCCUGUAGCUCCAGUUCCCCACGAACGCUGUACGAGAUGCACGCGGAGCCGGAGAAGAGUCUGCUUCAGCUGUCGAAGGGUAAGCCCCAAAGGAUCGAGUUCCAGCGCUACAACAAGAAGCGUCCCCAUUUGACUGUGCCAAAACGAUCUGCUCCAAAUUUGAAGGAGCGCUCCAAGCCCCACAAAGCGUCGCCGAAGGUGCCGAAGGUGGGACUGCUGGGCCGCCUCAUCCAGUCGCUGGACCAGAUGUGCAAGUGUCACAGCCAGCAGAAGGCCAUUAUCGAUGACUUGCCCGAGCCGCAGUGGAACCGCAAGGAGGCCACCCGGCACACCUGCAUCGGCAUCUAUCCCUUCGAGCACGGCUGCGCCGAGUAUCUCAGCACCACGGACACACAUCCCAAUAAUUCCAUUAUCCUGGCGGAUCGGGCCACCACAUAUGCCACCCAUUUCUGGGCGGAGCUGUUCGGUCUGCUGCACAUCGCCGUGGCCUUUGUGGUGGCCUUCAUCUUGCAGAGCUAUCGCUUUGUGCUAUACUCCCUGAUAAACACUCUGAUUGUGGGACUCCUGCACAUGACCUCGGAUUACCUGGUGAAGCCAUUGCUGACCAAUUUUAAUGGUUACCUGCAGCCUCCCUUGAUAUUUUUGUAUAAUGUUUUGUGCUCUAUCCGGGAUAUCCUGGAGCCGGUGGCUGAGACUAUCAAUAACUUUAUGAAACCGUUGGCCACAGUGGGUAAUAGUAUUCGAUUGGCGGAUGUCAACUACCGUCAGAUAAAGCGAAUAGCCAAAGAUGUUUGAUUAUAGUUUUCGUU